CAAGCACUGCGCGUGCGCACUAGAAACACGUGAAAGUGGGAAGAGGUAAAUAAAAGUUCGAGAUCUGCUAAGCCGUAGCUAGUCGCAACGACCCCCGUUUCAUCGUCACGAGAAGGACCUAAUUUUCAUCUCCCCGUUCUCCCGACUAGAAAUGCUGAUUCCCAAGAAGAAUCGGAAGGCCAUUUACGAACACCUCUUCAAAGAGGGCGUCCUCGUGGCCAAGAAGGACUAUUUCGCCGCCAAACACUCUGAGAUCGAGACGGUCCCUAACCUACAAGUCAUUAAGGCCAUGCAGUCGCUGAAGUCGCGCGGCUACGUGACGGAGCGUUUCAUUUGGCAGUACUUCUUCUGGUACCUGACAAAUGACGAUGACGUCUUCGUGCAGACUCCCCUGACACCGCUGACACUCGGUCCAGAGACGACUGAACUUUCUUUCUAGAUCAGCGAGAUUUCAUGUAUAUGGAAGACAGGAAGAGUGGACUGGAAAAGUACCGUUUUUCUGGUUUUUUGACAUGUCUUAGCAGCCUUUUAUAUACCAUUAACAGAUUAGAUGAUUUGUCAAGUUAGCAAAAAAACGCGCAGUUUACAUAAGCUUUGCUCAAAUAUUUUCUUUGGAAAUUAUUUUGUCUUUGUAUUUGGUAUGAAUAUUUGUGCAGUCACUUGUUGCAUUUCCUACUGCUCUAAUGGAAACACAAUAAAUACAAAACAACCCAUCAGUUUUGCAAGUUGAGUAUCGAUAAUUAUCAUCAAGACUUACGCAGGAGUUCGUUCUUGGCCCUUUCUCCGAGGAUGGGUUCAAAUAUCCUGAGAAGAGGUUUGAGCAGUUGGUUUUCGAGAUAGUAGGACGUAUCAAUCGGUACUCCGUUGUCUAGGACAUG